GAAAUCGAGCUUGACGGAAAGAUAUUCAAAACCGAUGAAUGGACAAAUAUUCCUCCUUUUAUUUUGGAGCUCACGAAAAGAAAGUUGCAUCAGAACCCUGACCAUCCCAUUGGGAUUUUGCGUAGUUUGAUAGAAAAAAACAUGAAAGAUAUGGGUUAUACCUUCUACAAUAACUUCAAGCCUGCUGUUACAACCUACCAGAACUUCGAUGUUUUAGGAUUUCCAGAAGACCAUCCUGGAAGAUCCAAGUCUGAUACCUACUACUUAAACAAGGAUAACCUUUUAAGAACGCAUACUUCCGCUCAUGAACUUGAAUGUUUCCAAACAUGCGAGACCCCUGGUUAUUUGAUUACGGCAGAUGUCUACAGAAAGGACGAAAUUGACAAAACUCACUAUCCAGCUUUUCAUCAAUUGGAAGGCGCCAGAAUAUGGUCUAAGGAUACGCCGAACUUAGAGGAACAGAUAAUGAAGGAUAUUGAAUCUAUUCCCAAGACAAAUAUCAUUGUAGAGGAUCCAUUCAGACAACAUCCAAUUAAUGAAAAUAACCCUAAACAGGACUACAUGUCAGAUAGACAAGUGGAAUUGAUCAGUGUGCAUCUCAAAAAGCUGAUCGAAUACUUGGUGAACCAAGUUUUUGAGACUGCCAGAGAAUCUGCUCGAAAGGCUGGCUCUACCGAGCCUUAUUUAAAUGAACCUUUAAAGGUAAGGUGGGUCGAGGCUUACUUUCCAUGGACUUCUCCUUCGUGGGAAAUUGAAGUCUGGUGGAAAGGUGAGUGGUUGGAAUGCUGUGGCUGUGGUAUAGUUCAACAGCAAGUUUUGUUGAACGCUGGACUUGGUGAUGACAAGUUGGGAUGGGCGUUUGGUAUUGGUAUUGAUAGAAUUGCCAUGUUGUUAUUCGGCAUCCCAGAUAUUAGACUAUUCUGGUCGUUGGAUGAAAGAUUCCACAACCAGUUCAAUAACGGACAAAUCGCUACCUUUGCCCCAUACUCCAAAUACCCUGGAAUCAAGAGAGAUGUUUCAUUCUGGUUGCCAACUGACUCAUUGCUUCACGAAAAUGAUGUCAUGGAAAUUGUUAGAACAUACGCUGGUGAUGUUGCAGAAAGUGUAGCAAAUAUUGACGAAUUUGUCCAUCCAAAAACUGGAAAGAAGUCUCAAUGUUACCGUAUUAACUACCAAUCUAUGGACAGAAACCUCACCAAUGAGGAGAUCAACGAAGUCCAUCAGAAGGUGGAGCUGGACUUGAAGAAGUACUUCGGGGUUGAAAUUCGUUAA